AUGGCUAUUGUUCAGAUAAGUAGUUCUGUUAUAGUUGCGAUGGUGCAUCCUAACAAAGAUGUUUACUAUGAUUUUCAUGAUACCACAGACUAUCAAGAUACUUUUUGGUUAUCUUUACCUAUGGAUUUGGAAACGCUUCAAAAUUUGUCAGUUAUAGAUUAUCUACGCCAGUAUGUACACUUCUCAGAUAGAAAACGAGAUUUAUACCAACGUAUAUACAAUCAUUGGUGUCGAAGUUCUAGACUGUCUAUUGAAAAAUUAAAUAAUGCAUUCGAAGAUAUUAUACCAGUACAAAUACCCAAUGGCUGUUGUGAAUUAAUAUUCAAUUUAAUUGGUAUACAACAAAGGAUUAUGAAACAAUAG